AGCCAAUUAGAAUCAGGGGGCGGGUCUAAGAAGUUCUAAGUGGCAAAUUCAAACUGAACAUGGCGGCUGAGAAAGAUAAUGAAGAAAACAAACAGAGCAGAAGGGGAACAGUAUGUAACAUAGUCAUAAGCCAGGAGAUGCCUCAAAGCCAGCCGGUUAUUUUCAACCCUGAUUUCUUCGUGGAGAAACUGAGGCAUGAGAAGCCCCAGGUUUUCUCUGAGCUCUUGCUGAGUAACAUAAGUAGGCUCAUUGAUUUACCCGGAGCAGAAUUUGCACAGCUCCAGGGAGAGGCAGACCUCAAGCUCCCCGCUUCGACAGGCUUCCUGCGCCUACCCAACUUCCUGAAGCGUAAAGAGAAAGGAGUGAUCUUUGGAGCACCAUUAACUGAGGAGGGAAUUGCCCAAAUGUACCAGCUCAUAGAGUAUCUUGGAAAAAACCUACAUGUGGAGGGUCUUUUCCGUGUGCCAGGGAACAGCAUCAGACAGCAGGCGCUGAGGGAGUUGCUCAACAGUGGCGCAGAUGUCGACCUGGACACAGGGGAUUACCAUCCGCAUGACGCAGCCACACUGCUGAAGGCAUUCCUGGGGGAGCUGCCUGAGCCACUGCUGACUCAUCGCCAUUACCAUGCACAUCUCAAAAUAGCCGAGAUUACUCUGUUCGACGAGAGAGGCAACAAGACGUCUGUGCCGAACAAAGAGCGUCAGAUCGAAGCGCUGCAGCUUCUCUUCAUGCUGUUGCCUCCAGCCAAUCGCAGCCUACUCAAACUGCUGUUGGACCUGCUCUAUCAGACCGCCAAGCAUCAAGACAAAAACAAAAUGUCUGCCUUCAACCUGGCGCUCAUGUUUGCACCACACAUCAUAUGGCCCAAAAAUGUGACCGCAAAUGAUCUGCAAGACAAUUUGAAUAAGCUAAACAACGGCAUCACGUUUCUUAUCAAGCACUCACAGAAGUUGUUUCGGGCACCAACAUACAUCAAAGACCAUGCACGGAUGCUCUUCUCUGGCUCAGAAACUCCUCUAUCAAAGGAUGACACGGCCCUGUGCGCCGUAGCCGGUGUUCGAGGCCUGCCUUCUAAGAGAAGCAGCGAGGAGGAUGGCAGUGGAAACCAGCAGCACACACAGGAGGCUCUGCGUGAGCUUUUUCAGCAUGUCAGCAACAUGCCCGACUCUACAAAGAAGAAGAAACUCAUUCGACAGUUUAACAAGCAGGGAACUCCAAUACGUGACAGCCCGAGAUCUUCAGGCCAAAAGCACGGUCGCUCCCGGUCGUUCGGCGGCCUCAUCAAGAGAAAGGUUUUGGGGAAUCCGGUCACAAACGACAGAGCUGGAUCUGGGACGAGCCACACCAAAGAGGUGAACAAGGAAAAUGGUUCCACAUCUGUCAAAAGAACUCCUCCUUCUCCAGCACAGCACUCCAGUUUGAGCCUGUAACUUUUCAUUUUGUAAAUUAAUUUUUGGAUCAGGUUUGCAUAGUGUUUAUUUGGGCUCCGAUGUGACCUCCAACUUGUUAACUAUGCAAGCAAGAUGAAUUUCCAGACCAGUACGUGUAAUUUACACGACGUUCGGAUUUUACCAGUCGCAAAUGUCUCAAAUUUACAACUAGGAAUGAGAAAUGAAUUGUAAAUGAAUUAUCCGUUUGUGAACGAUAUUUAUAAAAAAAAAGAAGAAAAAGAAAGAAGUAUAAAUUGUCCCAAGCAUGUAGCAUCUACUCAGAAAGGUCAGGAAUGGAACGUGUAUUCAGAAAGGUCAAGGAUGUAGCGUGUAUAUAUACACGGGUAUGUGAAACUAGCAUGACUAGACAUCCAGUACAUCUAAAAACAACAUCCUGCCAUACUAGCGUGUGGUUUUGUCCUUUUAUGGCAUACUACACUGUAUGAAUAUACAGAGGUUUAGGGUGUAAUUGUGGUUGUAAAAAAAAUUUAAAUUCUUGCAUGCUACACAGCUAGUCAGUGUUAUUUAGGCUGUUACACUGAGCAUUUUGAUAUCUGAGAGGAUUUCGAAAGUUUGAUUUUGAAUCUUGUAUUUUUAGGGAAAGGGAGAUGAAUAGCGGGAAAUGAGUUUCUGUACCUUUGCGAUCAGAAGGUUUUUUUUUGUUUUGUUUUCUUUUUCCCCUUUAGGAUUUAAAACAUUUUUAUGUUGUAAUAGACUUUAUGACUCAAAUGCAUUAUCACUCCAAAGCACAUAACCGAAAUGACCCCAGGGUCAGCUUUGUGAACGACGAUAUAAAGAGAGCUGUUUACAAAAGGAACGUAUUUAAAAAUCUCCAUUGAUUCACUGUUUUAUUUUUAUAGUUUUAUAGUAUUAAUUUAAACAAGAAAAUAUAACAGACUCUUGGGAUGGUUUACAUCUUUCUUUCUGGGGAAGGGAUAAUAUUUUCUGUUUUAACUUUUCUUUUCUUUUUUUUUAUGGGGAGAUUUUAAAUGUGAAUAAGCUUGAGCCAGACUAUAUUUCAGACGUGUAUUAACGUGUCUUAUUUUGAUAACUCUGAUUUUCAUCUCUUCAACUGCUGUCUGUUUUUUUUAUACUUUAUGGAGUUAACCACUAUUUCAUUUAAGAUCGCUUUUAAGUUAUUUCUUUUAAUAUUUUUAUAUGUGAAAGUGCUUUAUGUUAUGUGAAACAAACCCCACCCCCAUUCCCCAUUCCCCACACACCAGGUUUACUUGUUUUAUUUUAUUUUUCUUUUGGUUUGUUUUUCCUCCAUAUGGUGACAUCGCAUUGUUCACAUUUUUACCUCCAACUUUACCAGUAACUAGCAGUGUAUGUUACCAUAUGGGUUUAAGUCAUAGCUGUAUUGUACAGUGCCUUCAGCUUUUGACAUUAAAGCAAAAGUAUUAAAA